GGUGGUCUUACCGGGUUGCUCUUGACAGUUGUUGUCGAUCCUCUGUGUUAUUUUGGGCAAAAAUGGGGAAGGAUUUAUGGGAAUCGUUUCAAAAUCUAAAUCUGGGCUCAGAAAGAACUCCACUAAAGAUGUCAGUUGAAGCGAGGCGUUCCCGAGAUGCGGAUAAUCGCUUAAGCCUAAUUGUCAGAAGUUUAAAUCCUCACCAUCAGAAACCAAUCGGGAUCAAGGGAGCUUUGCCCAAAGCUUGGCGAUUAGAUGGACGAAUCACGAGCAGGAUAAAUGACGAUGGUUCAGUUCAAUUCUUCUUUAAGGCAGAGCAUCAUCUUAUGUGGGUUCUAGAAAAUGGUCCUUGGCAUCACAAUCUCUGGAUGGUUGCAAUUGAUAGAUGGACCAAUCGAAAUCUUCCAACUUUCCUCUCCCAAAUCUCCUUUUGGGUUAAAAUUCUGCAUAUUCCAGAAGACUUUCGAACAGAUCCAGUCAUAAGAGAAGCAGCAGGGGUUCUUGGGCACAUUGAUGAAACCAAAAUUAUUGAAGCCACUGCCGAGUCUGAAGGAGAAGUCUGGGCUCAUGUUACCAUGGACAUCACUAAGCGUCUAAUUUUUGUCAGAUCUAUUGAGUUUGAGCCUGCAGUACCUCCGGUUCAAAUUCGAUUUAUCUUCUCUAAGUUAAGAAAGUUCUGCUUUACUUGUGGGUCUCUUUUACAUGAUGAAUCAAUUUGCGAUACUGGAUCUCCAGUUCUCCAAUUGCAGAAUGAUGCACUUCGACAUGGUGCUGAGCCGAUGCAAGGGGUAAACCAAGAGGAAGAUGAAGCCAUGAAUGACCAAUCAGAAUCAUCAAACCAUGUAAUUGGCACCAUGAAUCCUCCUCUGUUGAGAGGAACCAACAGUUUGUCAAUUACUCCAGAGUUUCAACCUAUAGCUGUCAAAGAAAUGGAAGGAACAUCUAAGGUCUCUCAGAGCCGAAAAAGAUUAGCUGUGCAGAUGGAUUCUCAGAAUAAGAAUUCUGUCACUGAAGUGAGUGAGAACCGUAUUGCUCAACCUGAUAACCCAAUUGAAGCUGUAGGUCAAACUGAUCCCAUGUCCAAGGAGGUAGUUGAGGAGCCUAGUCAUUGUUUGGAUAGAGGUCAGAAAAGGAAAGGAGACAGCUUGUUGGAGGAGGAUCAAGCUUUAACUAGUAAACCGAGAACCAAAGACAUCAGGAAGUCUUCUAAACAUGAUGUCAUGUUCCUCGUUGAAACUAAGAACGGCUAUAGUUAUGUGAAUAACUUAUGCAAGGAUCUUGGCUACGCCCAUAGUUUUGUUGUAAAUCCGGAUGGGCUCAGUGGUGGAAUGGCGGUUUUUUGGAAUGAUCGCGUUCAAAUAGACUUUUUGGAGACGCCAACGCUCUAUUACACUGAUAUGUAUAUAUCGGAAGACGGUACUCCGCACACCUUUUGUCUCACUUAUCUCUAUGGACAUCCGGAGAAAAAACAGAGAAAUGAGCUGUGGAAAUAUAUGACUCGCCUAGCAGCAUUGGGUUUAUAUCAAAGUAAGCCUAGACUUGUUCUCGGAGAUUUCAAUGAUAUAAAGAGUAAUGAGGAGAAAUCUGGAGGACCACGCAGAGCAGAGUCAAGUUUUAGAAUUUUUAGACAGAUGCUCAAUUCCUCAGGAUUACAUGAAGUCAAAACGUUUGGAGGCAAGUACACUUGGAUUGGACAGAGGUGUAAUCACAGAGUAAAAACAAGGAUUGAUAAGGUUGUGGCUACUGCUGAAUGGCAAGAUCUGUUCCCUAAAGCUCAUGUCCAAUUAUUACCAUGGGGAGGAUCAGAUCAUCGUCCUAUUCUCCUGGAUACCAGCGAUAAAAAAUGGCGAGGUCACAAACUCUUCAGGUAUGAUAAUCGAUGGCGCUUUGAAUCAGAAGUUAAAAAUGAAAUUCAGAGAGUUUGGCUUACACAGUGUCAAGACAUUCCUGCGGCCAAUUUUAAUGAAGCAAUUAAGAAGUUUAGAAACAGCCUCUCAAGAUGGAAGUCUACACACAUCAACAAUUCCCAGAAAAAAAUCCAAGAGCUUAAGAGGUUGUUGCAUCAAGCAUAUGAAGCGGACCCAAUCAACUAUGCUCUUAUUCAUGAUCUUAAAGCUGACCUUGCUAAAGAAUACAGAAAUGAAGAAGAAUACUGGCGCACUAAGAGUAAGAUCCAAUGGCUUCAAGCAGGAGAACUGAGGUAUAAGGAUGAAGAUCUACAUGGUAUCAUUGAGGAAUAUUUCACCAAUCUCUAUACUUCACAAGGGCCUCAGAAUAUGAGUGCUAUUCUGGACUGCCUUCAGCCUAGAGUGACCACCGAAAUGAAUGAAAGUCUAACCAAGCCCAUCACCGAAGAAGAACUAUAUAAAGCUCUUCAACAAAUGAGUAGAGACAAAUCUCCAGGACCCGAUGGGCUGGGAGCAGCCAUAACCAUGGCUCACACUCUCGGCCUCACUCAACCCAACUCCAUUGAGCCUCACAAGAUCUCGUUCUCUGCGAAGGAGAUCGAUGUUACGGCAUGGAAAGGAGACAUACUCGUAGUUGGUGUGACAGAGAAAGACUUAGGCAAAGACGGUAACUCAAAGUUUGAGAAUCCGAUCUUGAACAAGCUCGAUACUCACUUGAGUGGACUCUUAGCUCAAGUCUCUUCCGAGGAGGAUUUCACUGGAAAACCUGGUCAAUCAACUGUUCUUAGGCUUCCGGGUCUCGGAUCAAAGCGAAUCGGUUUGAUCGGUCUCGGACAAUCUGUUUCGUCUCCGGUGGCUUUUCAUACCCUUGGUGAAGCUUUAGCUACAGUUUCAAAAGCUUCUCAAUCUAGUAGUGCUGCUAUUGUGCUUGCUUCAAGUGUUUCUGAUGAAUCUAAGCUUAGUUCUGCAUCAGCUUUAGCUUCAGGCAUAGUGCUUGGUUUGUUUGAAGAUGGUAGGUAUAAGUCUGAAUCAAAGAAACCAUCUUUGAAAUCUGUUGAUAUCAUUGGAUUUGGAACUGGUCCUGAGCUAGAAAAGAAGUUGAAGUAUGCUGAAGAUGUUUCUUACGGUGUGAUUUUCGGGAGAGAACUCACUAAUUCUCCUGCCAAUGUGCUUACUCCUGCUGUACUAGCUGAGGAAGCAGCAAAAGUGGCUUCUACGUACAGUGAUGUCUUCACUGCAAACAUCUUGAACGAAGAGCAAUGCAAAGAGUUGAAGAUGGGUUCUUAUCUAGCUGUUGCUGCUGCUUCGGCUAAUCCCCCUCAUUUCAUCCACCUUGUCUAUAAACCUUCCAGUGGCUCUGUUAAAACCAAACUUGCUCUUGUAGGAAAAGGAUUGACCUUUGACAGUGGUGGCUACAACAUUAAGACUGGACCAGGCUGCUUAAUUGAGCUCAUGAAAAUGGACAUGGGCGGCUCAGCUGCUGUUCUUGGCGCUGCGAAAGCUAUUGGUGAGAUUAAGCCUCCUGGUGUUGAGGUUCAUUUCAUCGUUGCCGCCUGUGAGAAUAUGAUCAGUGGAACCGGAAUGAGACCUGGAGAUGUCAUCACAGCCUCGAACGGAAAGACCAUUGAGGUUAACAACACAGAUGCUGAAGGUCGUUUAACACUUGCAGAUGCGCUAGUGUAUGCUUGUAACCAGGGCGUCGACAAGAUUGUUGACCUUGCUACUUUGACUGGGGCCUGUGUUAUUGCUCUUGGGUCUUCAAUGGCAGGGAUCUAUACACCGAGCGACGACCUUGCACAGGAAGUGAUUGCUGCAUCAGAAAGGAGUGGAGAGAAGCUGUGGAGGAUGCCACUGGAAGAGAGCUAUUGGGAGAUGAUGAAGUCUGGAGUGGCUGAUAUGGUCAACACAGGCGGGCGUGCAGGAGGUUCCAUCACCGCAGCUCUCUUCUUGAAACAGUUUGUGAGUGAGAAGGUGCAAUGGAUGCAUAUCGACAUGGCUGGACCAGCGUGGAACGAGAAGAAGAAGUCUGGGACCGGGUUUGGUGUUGCUACGCUUGUUGAAUGGGUACAGAAGAAUUCAUCUUCGUGAAUGAAACCUAGAGAGACAGAGAAAGAGAGAGACCGUAGAGUUUUUCAGGUGUUGAAGUGAUUGCUGGUUUUUAAUAAGGUCUCAAAAGUUACUGUGUUUUCAGAUGUUCUUAACUUGUUAUGAAAAGUAAAGUCGUCAAAAGUUGAAUAAAAAGUGGUUCUUUGC